UGGAUAUGUCAUGUUUUGCGAUUUCAACAUAAUGAGACCUGGUUAAUUUACAAGUUAGGUAUAGUUUUCGAUUAAAUCCGCAAAUAAUAACAAUUUGUAGGAUUGUAAGGACUUGGAAAUAGAAUGCGAUGCUUCCUCGGCGUCGUAAUGUAGGAGGUGUGUCAGUGACUACCUCGGAUGAGACACCACUACUGGAGAAUGAAUUAAAUUCUUACAGUAAAUUUGAUAAGAAGGGAUCUAAAUAUCUACAGACAGAGAAACCGGGAUCCUUUCCGUUCAUUGCUUCCAAACAAGGAAGUGGAUUUGAAGAACCGGACUUUGUUUUCGACUUUCUCGAAGAGCCUAUAUUUGAACCAGUCAUGGCUGCAAGAGACAGGACCAACGAGUUCGCCUCAACCGUGCGGAGUCUCCAAGGCCGAACUCUAGCCAGGCCCGUCGUUCGUGAUGAACGCAAAGCUGCAGCACUAGAGACCUAUUCACAAUUCAUGGCAAUGGCAAAAGUUAUUAGUAAAAACAUUACAGGAACAUAUGCUAAACUGGAAAAAUUAGCUUUGUUGGCCAAGAAGAAGUCCUUGUUUGAUGAUCGUGCUACAGAAAUUCAGGAGUUGACAUAUAUGAUCAAGGGAGACUUGAGUGCACUUAAUCAGCAGAUAGCCCGGCUUGGUGAAAUGCCCCGUGGCCGCCGCAGUAUGCACAACCAUUCCUCCAGUGUGGUACUAGCUCUGCAAUCACGACUAGCUUCCAUGAGCAACCAAUUUAAGCAGGUUCUUGAAGUGAGGUCAGAAAAUUUAAAACACCAAAACAAUAGAAGAGAACAGUUCUCAAGGGUGGGCCCUGUUGUCAAAGAAGUCCCAUCUUUUCUACAGCAACAGGACGAGGUCAGCAUAGACCUGGGAGAAACCUCAGGUCUCCAAAUGCAGACCCAGCAGUUAGCAAUAAGGGAUGACACUGAUACCUAUGUGCAGCAAAGAGCAGAGACUAUGCAUAACAUUGAAAGUACAAUAGUGGAACUGGGGGGCAUAUUCCAACAACUAGCUCACAUGGUAAAGGAGCAAGAUGAGGCCAUUGGGAGAAUUGAUGCCAACAUACAAGAAGCUGAGAUGAAUGUAGAAGCAGGUCACAGAGAAAUAAUGAAAUAUUUCCAAAAUAUUACUGGCAACAGAGCAUUAAUGUUUAAAAUAUUUGGAGUUCUCAUAUUUUUCUUUAUUUUCUUUGUUGUUGUUAUGGCUUAAAUUUUGUCA